CACUAGGUGGACUCCUUGAAAUUGCUAGUGAGAUGACGUCCUUGACAGCAAGCAAGCAACUCUUCAAUCGUACAAGAGUCAUAUUCGAGAUAAAACUACCAAGACAUCUUCCUAGCCUAGUUAUCACGGAGCACCCUUCUCGCCCUUGCCCACUCAUCUUAUGUGCGAAAAUUCCAUAAAUACAAUCCAUUCGCGAUCUUUAUAUAUUUUAACUUUUAACCAUCUUUUAAAAAUAAAUACUUCUAAAUUUUCGAUUGAGGCUGAUUAUAGAAUUUCUUCUAAUAAUCUGUCCGUUGUCUUCUCAUCUCUACCUCAAGCUCCUGUUUCCACCUUCUCUGUUGUUCGGAUAGCCUUCUUUCAACGGUUGGCGGCGGCGAGCCGGUGGAGUAUUUUCUGGUGUUCCCGCUACGCGGAUUUAGUCGUAGCAUACCGAGCUCUUCGUCAAGCUCCUCCUUCCAUCUCCUACGCUGAUCGCCGGUAGGCGCCGGGACCGUUUUCGGCCCACCUACGACAUCAUCGUUGAUUUUCUUAGGCACAAUUCCAAGAUUGCUUCUGAAAUUCUCCAGCUCAUCGUCGAGCUCUUGCUUCCACAUCUUCCUUUUCUCUUGAUCGAAGUUUAUAAUCGACUGAAUCUCCGGCAAAACUCGGCCGUAAAAUUGGUUUCUACUUUCUAUCGGCAAGCUCACCCUUUUUUUUUUUUUUUUAAUUGGGAUCGCAAAACUGAAACCCUAGUUCCUCAAAAACCCAAACAAAUUCACUGCAGGAGAGGACAGAGUAAAAUAGAUCGCUACACUAAUUCAGAGGAUACCCCGACUUCCUCGUUUAAGGGCUGAUGAAGGUUUAUUUAUAAAUAGAAGAGUGGCAGUCCUAACUCCUAAGCCAAAACGGAAAGGGAAAGCUAUUAUUAAGAAAGAAAACCAAUGAAAAUUGAAAAGAUAGGGAUUGGAAUUGGGAAGAUUCCCGAUUAGGCGAGUAAUCCUCCCCAAACACAGGAAUCUCUUGUUUCCUACAGACGCCGUUAACCUGGGUAGUUGACGCCGUCAACAGACAGCGGCUAUGACGUUGACUGGGUCAUUUCCGAUUCCCCAAAAGAUCAUCCAUACAUGAACCAGUACAGGGGGCUCUACUCGCUGCCAUGGCUGCCCAGUAACUAGGUAGUAAGACGAACCAACCAACCCAUGACCUGAAAAAAGAAGCACAAACACAAAAUUACCUUCUUGGAAAAAUAUUUGGUUGGGCGGUUCAUGAGUUGGCGCUGAAUUCUUGUGGGAAAGGAGGCAGCUACAGCAGGUAGUAGACGCAAGAAUGGGGGUUGAUCUGGAGUCGUUGUCGGACGCGACUUCAGGCGCCAUAGCUGCUCUCGUCAGCACGACAGUGUUGUACCCUCUCGACACCUGCAAGACCAAAUUCCAAGCCGAGCUCCGAGCUCGCCACCAGCGCAAGUACAGAAACGUUGCUGAUGUGUUUUGGGAGGCAGUGCGUACCCGUAAGGUUCUUUCAUUGUACCAAGGGCUUGGGACGAAGAAUUGGCAGGCAUUCAUUUCCUCCUUUUUGUAUUUCUAUGGCUACACUCUCUUCAAGAGGCUCUACUUGGAGAAAACUGGCAAGAUAGCCAUGGGGCCAAAGGCUAAUUUAGUGAUUGCUGCUGCUGCUGGGGCUUAUGCUGUGGCAUUGACCAUGCCUUUGGAUACAGCAGCUUCUAGGAUGCAAACCUCUGAAUUUGGUAAAUCGAAGGGAUUCUGGAAAACCCUUUCGGAGGGGACUUGGGCUGAGGCAUUUGAUGGACUCGGGAUAUCAUUGCUUCUCACUUCCAACCCUGCGAUCCAGUACACUGUAUUUGAUCAGUUGAAGCAAAGGCUAUUAAAGCCACAGCUCAAGGAGAGAUCAGUUGCUGCAGAUGCAUCUCCUGAGACGCUUUCUGCCUUCACUGCUUUUGUACUUGGUGCUGGUGCUAAGUGUAUUGCCACCACCUUCACCUACCCUGCAAUUAGGUGCAAAGUGAUGCUUCAGGCUGCAGAAUCAGAUGAGAACGGAACUGCAGAGGUUCUACCAAAAGACAAGAGAACAAUCUCAGGCGCCACAAGUGCCAUCUGGAAACGAGAAGGUUUGUCGGGUUUCUUCAAAGGAUUGCUAGCACAGCAUGUGAAGACAAUACUUAGUUCUGCACUGCUGCUGAUGGUCAAAGAGAAGAUCACAAAGACAACAUGGAUCCUUAUAUUGGCACUCAGGAAGUACCUGUUCAUCCAACACACCAGCAUAAAGAAGGCUUGAUUGCAGUUUUACCUGGCUAAUUUGCAUUUGUUGUGGCUGCCAUCUUGCAGUUUGUUAUUGAGGGCAUUAGUCAGUUGUGACAAGUUACUAUAUAUGUCUCAUUAAUCUUGUUCCGAACUCUUCACAUCCAUAAUACAAAAGAUGCAUAUUUUGUAGCAAAUAAGUUUUCUUUAUUCUGUUUAGUGGUAAGUUUUGCUCUCAAGCGCAAUGAUUCAGACCAAAUCCUAUUGAAUUGACAUUUAUAUCCAGU